GUGGUAACGCAUCAGGCUGUAGGAAGUACAGCCUGUUUAGAUGUUCAGCUGGCUGCAGCGUUCAAGAGCUCCGCUCCAUUUUCAGUCAGAAGCCUGUCCACACAUCAGGGACCCCAUUAGUCAUCACCGGCGCUCGGUUCAUUUGGCUCUCACAUGGCGCCUGUAGUGGGCCACGUUUGACGAUUGAUUGGACCCUGCCAAGCCACAUUUUCGGAAGAUAGCCGUCGGAGGAGACUUCAGAAAAUCCUCACCCACACGGAGCCGGCAUGCAGAGAGGUUGAAGAGGAAAACCUUUGGGAGAGAGAUAGAGGAGGAACCGCUGUUAAUUAGUGGCGGAGUCUAACCCAGUGUCAGCGGUAUGUCUAGACGCAUAGGAUGGAGGUGGCAGACUUUGCUCCUGAGUCAAUCCAAUUUUACAGUUUCACGCUGGGCUGGACUCAUGAGUGGGAAACCUAGCACGUAUUCUAACAGCGUGGGCAGGCUGGAACGCUAAGGAUUGCAGCCCAAAGGUUGGAUGUGACGUCGCUGUAUGUCCUUCAACCAACGCCGACGCAUUAAAUCAGACAAGGAAACGCUAUCCUACCAACAGGACGUAUGAUAUGACACAACAAAAGCCUACUCCCGACGAGAUGUCAGGGUGCAGGAGUAUAAGAACUUCACGGACGGGCCCUACGGCGGGACGGUUGGUGUCCCUGUCCUUGGUGCUGAUCUCCGUUCUGUGCUUGGUUGUUAUCACGACUGGACAAGAGCACAUCUCAAUGAUCCCCCACUGUCCGCUGUUCAGUAACCGGGCACCAAGGAAACAACACAUGCUCAGUAAAUGUAAGAGAUAUCGUGAGGAGGCCUGCUGUUUCCAGGAGGAGAUAGACAGGUUCUUCCCUAGCGUGCCGAACCCUAGAGGCGCGAGUAAGAACUGCAGGGAACACAUGACGUCACUGAAGUGUUACAUCUGCUCCCCAAAACAAUUUCUCUUCUACAGGAACGAGCGGGUAACGGUGUGUGAGGAGUUCUGCAACAAAUGGUACGACGCCUGUUUCAAUGCCAGUAUUGAGGGGGAGCGUAUCGGAGAGUGGUACUCUAACGGCAAGCAGUUCUGCGAAGGGAGGAAAUUCUCCGUCAUGUCCGCCAAGGCGAUGGAGUACGACUUCCAGUGCUACAGCUACAACUACGACGACGAACAGGGAAACUCCUCUGCGCGGUUGUUCAUCGAAUGGAAACUUGCUGUAUCUAAUCUCCUGUGUGUGUUGGCGGCUACACUCGUGUGGACACCAGGUUAACGAGCGAGCAAAUGGUUGACUAGAUCUGAGGUUAUAGUACCGUUAUACGAUGUAACGUUGACGUAACGUGUUACGAUCUCUGGCGGUAGAAAUGUGCGUAGCUGCAUGACAGUCCGGGGCCAAUGCAGAUAAAAACGAUAUCUCGAAAAGAUAUGAGCUCGAAAGUAACCCGUGCGAAUGAUUGCGUACCAGUAACUACUUAACGACCGUACUGCAUCACACGGGAUACGUUAGAAAGACUAUGAAGGGACGUGUUGAACUGAAAAGAAGAGGAUUCUUGAACACUUUCUCGUCUCGACAACGCCACUAUGAUAAGCCAUGUAAACGGUAACGGCUACAGGCUGUGCAGAUAAUGUCUACAUUAAUCGCAAUA